AUGUCCAUAUCAAAGAUCCUGCUAAGAGACUCGAUACGAAACACUUUGCGUACGCGAGGGAGUGCCCGAUACGAGCUACGUGCCUCGCAGAGGCGCACCAACGACCCCGGAGCCAUCUCACCAAAUGACCCUACACCAGCAGAAGCAGCUAAUACAGAGCGAAGUCCUCGCGCACCAGCUCGUACAGCCACCACACGUCGAUCUGCUAACUCAAGAAGUAAGAGCGCAGCAGCCGCCCGAAAACGAGUGGCAGAACAAUCUGAGCCUGAGCUAAUAAGCCCUACAUCAGGUGAUCCUACCAAUAGAUCCUCAAAAAAGCCUAUGAGAGCGCAGUGGGAUAAAGAUCUAGUUAUAGAUGUAGAUCCUAAUUCUGAACCUAGGACAGGACCUGAGACCCAGAUUAAAUAUACAUACAACACACGUGCACGUCAGAAUACGAAGCCUCCACUAGGAACCCCAGUUCUGCAAUCAGAUAUUGCUCCACUGGAAAUUUUACAUGUGCAAGCUGUUAGGACUAUCCGCCGAAGUAAGAGUGUACGUACAAUCCCAGACGAUGACUCAUCUGAGGAUGAACUUACCCAGCCAUCAAUCCACGAAGCCCCUCAGGAGCCAAUCGAGCCAGCUCAGGAGGCUGAUACGCUAAUGACCACGAACCUUGAAGACAGCACCUGGGCUAACAAUCAGUAA